CGAGUGAAAGCCCGAUGUCUUGCCAAGAUGUAAACAAUAGUGUUUGAAGCUUCCUUGGAAGCGAAUGCUAGAAUGCAACACGAUAUGGAUUCAAAAAGAUCGACUAAUACUCCAGCGCAGCACCCAUAUACGAGAGCAAAUUUCAUUAGCAAGUACUUUUUCUGGUGGCUCGUCGGAUUACUAAGAGUGGGACUUCGAAGACAAAUCGUUACUGCGGAUAUAGACGAAGCACUACCAACGCAUCGGAGCGAGCGCAUUGGAUCCCAAUUUGGAGAAUUUUGGCAGAGUGAAGUGCAUCGUGAAGGUCAGCAGAAGAAGAAGAAGAAGAAGUCCAAUGAAGAGGAAGAGAAACGACCAUGGAAGCUGUUGAAAGUAUUGUUUCGGAUUUAUGGAUUCGGUGUGCUGCUGUUCGGAGGACUGUAUGGCAUUCUGGAAUCCACCUGCAGAAUCAUUCAACCGUUCCUGCUGGGUCAAUUGAUUCUGUACUUUGACCAGCGGCGAGGUGUCAAUGCCAGAGAUGAUGACGACGGUGACGAUAAUGGCGGUCCUCGAAUGUCGAAAGGGGAAAACAUCUCGACUGAACAUCCCCUAAUAGCACCCGGUCAGGCAUAUCUGUAUGCAGGUGGGAUCGUAUUGACCGUAGUGCUCCCGCUGGCUAUUUUCCACCUCUACCAGCUGUUCCUGCUCGAGGUCGGGCUGAAAAUUCGCAUCGGAUGCUGUGCGCUUAUUUAUCGGAAGGUGCUCCAGCUGAGCGUGGCAUUUUCCGCGGAUGGCCUGACUGGUCGUGUCAUCAAUCUCAUAUCCAAUGAUGUCAGCCGGUUCGAUUAUGCCGUCAUUUUCUUUCACGAUCUGUGGAAAGGACCGGUAGAGCUGGUCAUAGUUUCGGUUCUUGUGCACCGCCUAAUGGGCUGGCCUGGAUUAAUUGGAAUUGUCGCGCUGCUGCUGUUUAUCCCUGGUCAGGCUUGGUUAGGUAAACGGGCGGCCAGUUAUCGUCUGCGGGCUGCCCUUGCAACCGACGGACGAGUCAACUUCGUCAACGAAGUGUUGCACGGGAUAAUGGUUGUAAAAAUGUACGUGUGGGAGGAACCUUUCGAAGCACUGGUUCAGAAGCUUCGGCGGAACGAGAUUAGGGCACUCCGUGGCAGUGCGUUCAUCAGAUCGGGCUUGUUUUCUCUUCGAAUCAUUCCAAAGGUGUCUAUAUUUCUUAGCCUUGUGACAUACGUUUACGCAGGUAAUGCGUUGACGGCGGUUCGGGUGUAUAUGCUGGUAUCGUUCUUCAGUGUGAUCAACCACUCGGUGGUGGAGUUCUGGCCACUGGCCGUUACUUCCUGUGCCGAAGCUUGGGUCUCUAUGAAGCGGAUUGAGAAGUUUUUACUAGAAGACAGUGAAUUGUGCAGGACUAGUUCACCCAUCAAGGAGCGAACCGAUGCAAAGAUGGCGAUCAGCAAUGUGACGGCCGGAUGGCCGUCAUCGAAUUUUGUGUUACAAUUAUCAAAAUGGGUGGUACAGGAUGGUGAAACGUGGAUUAUUGUCGGACAGGUUGGAGCCGGAAAGUCAACGUUGCUGAAUCUGGUGUUAGGGGAGUUAAUUCCAACGGAAGGAUUGAUAUCUAUCUGCGGAACAGUUAGUAUUUGCUGCCAGAAGCCGUGGAUUUUCGAGGGGACAGUUCGGGAGAAUAUUAUAUUUGUUGAACCGUUUGAUGAGGACCGCUAUAAUGAAGUGAUAAAAGUUUGUGCUUUGAAGACGGACUUUGAAUUGUGGCCGAACAGUGAUUCAACGAUAGUUGGAGAACGAGGUGUCAGCUUAAGUGGUGGGCAGAAAGCCCGUGUAAAUUUGGCAAGAGCAAUUUACCGGAUAGCGGAUGUUUAUCUUUUGGACGAUCCACUUUCUGCUGUUGACGCCCAUGUUGGGAAGUUUAUUUAUGAAGAGUGCAUUUCUAAGUUUCUAGAGGAUAGGACCUGUAUUCUGGUAACUCAUCAACUGCAACUAUUGAAAGGAGCAGAAAAGACGGUAGUCUUGAGAAAUGGCAAAAUUGAAGGGAUUGGGAUGUAUGACGAGUUUCGGAACUAUGCCCGUAAUGUGAACUGCAACAAAAGCAGUGAUAAGGAAGAGUUGGAUAAUAAAAUUCCCAUAAACGGGAAAACUGUUUGUGAGAAUUCUAUUACAGAUUCUCAUCAACAGGAAAUGGUGGAGGAGACUCAAUUAGACGGAAACGUCGGAUGCAAAGUUUACGUCGAUUUUCUAAAGUCUGUUAAAAGUGCGUCCUUCGUAGUAUUAGUAUGCGUACUGCUGCUAGCCUGGCAGACCUCAUCUACUGGGACGGAUUACUUCGUUUUCAUCUGGGUCAACUGGGAAAGUAAUGACCAGUCCACUUGGACCACUCAGCAGCAUAUUUUGGUCUAUCUUGGAUUGGUGGUAUCAACUCUUCUGCUGUCCGUGAACUCAUUCGCAUUCUUCGAGAUGUGCCUGAGAGCAUCACUUCAUCUCCAUUCUUCACUCUAUAAAGGAGUCACCCGCACCGCCAUGUACUUCUUUAACGUCAACUCAUCGGGGCGAGUUAUGAAUCGGUUUUCGAAAGAUAUCGGACUAAUCGACUCUAGUCUACCCGUAGUAUUGAUCGAUAGUUUGCAUUUCUUCCUGGAGCUGGCAGGCAUUGUUGUAAUUAUUUCAUUAGCAAACUACUGGCUUCUGAUACCGACAGCGGUUGUGGGCGUCGUGUUCUACAUUCUGAGGUUCAUCUUUUUGAGAUCAGCACGGAAUGUGAAACGGGUAGAAGCGAUCGCACGCAGCCCGGUGCUCGCUCACACUAGCUCAACCAUCGAAGGAUUGGUUACAAUUCGAGCGUUUCGGGCGCAGAGGCAGAUGCUAUUGGAAUUUGACUGUAGACAAAAUAGGAACAGUUCUGCUGCAUUCAUGUUCGGAGCCAUCACGAGAGGGUUCGCCUUCUGGCUGGACCUGAUUUGUGCACUGUACAUUGCGAUGGUUGUGUUCAGUUUUCUUGUGCUAGGACAAGAAAUUCUCAGCGGAAAUGUGGGACUGGCCAUCACUCAAGUGCUGAACCUAAUUGGUAUGUGCAACUGGGGCCUGAGACAGACCGCCGAGCUGGAAAACCAAAUGACUUCGGUCGAACGAGUUAUGGAGUAUGCUCAGCUAGAGCGGGAACCAGACACAACGGGUCAGGUCGUAGAAAAUGUACCGAUUGAUUGGCCACAGGAAGGGGCCGUUGUGUUCAAAGAUGUAUUUAUGCGGUAUACGCCAAAUUCGGAGCCCGUCUUAAAAGAGCUCAGUUUCGACAUCGAGCCGAAGGAACGAAUCGGUAUCGUUGGUCGCACCGGCGCUGGCAAAUCAUCGAUAAUUCAGGCUCUGUUUCGCCUCGCACCAAUCGGCGGGGCGGGGCGUCAUGGCUGCAUCGAAAUCGACCGAAUCGACAUCGGAGGUGUCCCACUGCGUCGUCACCGAGCCGCCAUCUCGAUUAUUCCCCAGGACCCGGUGAUCUUCUCCGGCAGUUUGCGCAACAAUUUAGACCCUUUCGGGAAGGUGAAAGAGGAGCAAAUCUGGAAGACGCUGGAACAGGUACGGAUGAAGCAGAUGGUGUCGAGUAGUGCCGCCGGGCUGAGCACGGAAAUGGUUGAGGGUGGGGCGAACCUUAGCGUCGGCCAACGACAGUUGAUUUGUCUCGCAAGGGCCAUCCUAAGGGACAGCAAAAUUCUCGUGAUGGAUGAGGCUACUGCAAAUGUGGACCCGGAAACCGACGCUCUGAUUCAGGCAACUAUUCGGACACAGUUUAAGGAUUGCACCAUUCUAACGAUAGCCCAUCGACUGCACACGGUUAUGGACAGUGACAGGAUACUGGUGAUGGAAGCUGGACGAUUGGUGGAAUUUGAUACACCUGCGAAUUUACUUCGAAACCGCAAAGGUCACUUCCGGCGGUUGUUUGAGGAAGCUGGCAUGAGUACACUGUCGUACGAUAGCUAACUUUUAAAUUGCAAUCAAAUGUUUUAUGCUGCUCGACUGGAUCACUUCUGAAUUUCAAUCGAGCUUCACAUUUCUUCCACGAUAUAUGAGAUCUGACAGCUUCUGCUGCCAGUCCGUCGUCAGAUUUCAUAUACUUAUACUGGAGUGAAUAAAAUAUCGUUGCUUGCGAGGUUAUGGCAGGAGUACUCCCGUUUAUUUCAGGUUCACGAAAAUAUCCUACGAUGUUUCAUCCUAGCGUUUCGUUUGGUUCCAGCAGCUCAUAAAACAGCACACCUUUCUGUUCCUACUAGAUGCAAUGUAUUAUCACAGCCAGUGUAGUUCUUUAAUCGAAAAAUUUCCUACAUUAGGGGAUGUCCACAUGCUACGUGGACAGAAAAAGGACAUCCCCCUCCCCCUCCGUGGACAAGCGUGGACAUUUGCUGUACCCCUCCCACUGUGGACAUUUCUCAAUUUUUUUGGAAACAGAAUGCGGGAAAAUGUAUUGUAUCAUAUUGUAUCACGUCUAAAUUCCAUUUCAAGUUUGUUUCUGUUUACUAUUCUAGGUUUUUACAUUGAUGAAAAUGUUAGCAUUAUGAUUAAUAGUGGUUUGUUCUCAAUUCAUUGAUGUGUUCCCCAACGUCGUCCGUGAAGUCAUUUGUAUCGCUGUUUAGUUUCUUCUAAAUUCCAUAGACGUUGUUUUUACAUUACGUAAUAUGAGAUAUAUUAGUUAUUAGGUUGAAAAAUACUACUCAAAAAUUGAAUUUAUUAUUAAAAUCCUUUAUGUAUCCUCCUUUCGAAAUUAUUUUGUAUAUUUUUAUUUGCAAAGCUAUUCUAAUUUGAGAAUGUUUGACGUAAUGUGGUGCCACGUCGAACUCCCCAAUAUGGAGAUAUGAAUUUUCAAAAAUUCAUGAAGUUUAAACAAUUUGUGAAAUCGUAACCAUUUAAGAAAAGUAAUAUUAUUCUACUUCAUUCUAUUCUAUCACUACUACAUUCUAUUAUUCUACUUCAUUAUUCUAUUAAUAAGUCUACAUACGAUUCAACAUGAAAAACUAUAUAUCCAGUUUUAUCAGGGACUAAACAUUCUCGAGAUAUAUAAAGCCAUUAUAAGGGAAUAGAAGGAUCGGUUCAGAACUAUUUUUCGCAUAAGUAUGAUACAAAAUUAUUCAAACUGCAAAAUGCAUUGCGAAAGUAUAUAGAUGAGAUACCAGUAAUAAAAAGCAUGUUUU